CCCUCACUGGUCUUCUCCAGAUCACUGAAACUCCUGCCGGGAGAGCUGGAGUCACCUACCAGGGUGUCCUCCUAUACUGGACCCUUACAGGAAGCCACGUGUGCCCAGCUGAGGCACGGCCCUAGCUGAUGCCCCAGAGGGGCCACCCAUCUCAGGAGAGGCUUUGGGCCCUGCCCUCCCUCCCCAUGGCACAUGGGCCAGAACCUGAGGCCGAGGGACUGCUGGACCUCAGUUUUUUGACAGAAGAGGAACAGGAGGCCAUUGCCAAUGUCCUCAAACGAGAUGCCCACCUGCGCCAGCUGGAAGAGGGGCGGGUCAGCAAGCUCCGAGCCUCGCUGGCAGAUCCUGGGCAGCUGAAGAUCCGGACAGGGGACUGGUUCCAGGAAGCACGCUCCCAACGGCACCACCACACCCACUUCGGUUCUGACCUUGUCCGAGCUUCUAUUCGCAGGAAGAAGAGCUCCAGGGGAGACCAAGCUCUGAGCAGUGAUGGAGAGGCUGAGGCUGCUGAAAAAGCAACUGAAGAGGAGCCAGAGCCCAGGCUCCCCAUUGAAAAGGCCACUCAAGAGAGGCAUGAUGAGACUCAGGAACCUGAUUUCCCCACACCAUAUGCUCCCCCAAAUGCUUCAGAUCAGGAGGAGCCCCAGGCGCAGGGAGCCCCCGGCUCAGGGGCUGUACAGGUGGACACGGAGGCGGACCCGGAGCCGAAGCCCGCGCCGGGGGCAGGGAAGGAGCCUUGGCCCGCGCCAGCCCAGACGGAGGUGGCAUCCGAGAUCCUGGAGAACGGAGAGGAGGCCCUGGGCCAUGGUCCCUCACUCAACCGCAUGCUCAGCAGCAGUUCCUCGGUGUCCAGCCUCAACUCCUCCACGCUAAGCGGCAGUCAGAUGAGCCUGGCCGGGGAGGCCGAGGCCGGCGUGGUGCAGGUGCGCGGCUCAGUGCACUUCGCGCUGCGCUACGAGCCGGGCGCCGCUGAGCUGCGCGUGCACGUGAUCCAGUGCCAGGGCCUGGCCACCGCCCGCCGGCGCCGCUCAGACCCGAGGAAGCUCUGGAAGGUCGCUGGGGAAGCCUCCAGGGGAGAGAAGGCUCUGCAAGAGCCCCUCGUUACCUCUGACCCUCUUGUCUCUCGGCCCAGCUAUGUCAAAAGCUACCUCCUCCCGGAUAAGCAGAGCAAGCGCAAGACCGCAGUAAAAAAACGGAAUCUGAAUCCGGUCUUCAACGAAACUCUCCGGUACUCCGUCCCGCAGGCCGAGCUCCCGGGCCGCGUGCUGAGCCUGUCCGUGUGGCACCGCGAAAGUCUGGGCCGCAACAUCUUUCUGGGCGAAGUCGAAGUGCCCUUGGACACAUGGAACUGGGACUCAGAGGCCACCUGGCUCCCCCUGCAGCCCCGGGUCCCCUCCUCUCCUGAUGAGCUUCCCAGCCGCGGACUGCUCUCCCUGUCCCUUAAGUACGUCCCUGCCGGCUCCGAGGGUGCGGGACAGCCUCAGAGUGGGGAGCUGCACUUCUGGGUGAAGGAAGCCCAGGACCUCGUGCCGCUGCGCUCAGGGUCCCUGGACACUUACAUACAAUGCUCAGUGCUGCCUGAUGACAGCCGGGCCAGUCGCCAACGUACAAGAGUGGUUCGACGCAGCCGUAGUCCUGUGUUCAACCACACUAUGGUUUACGAUGGUUUUGGUCCUGCCGAUCUGCGCCAGGCCUGUGCUGAGCUCUCCCUCUGGGACCACGGAGCCCUGGCCAGCCGCCAGCUGGGGGGCACACGCCUCAGCCUGGGUACUGGCAGCAGCUACGGGCUACAGGUGCCCUGGAUGGACUCUACACCUGAGGAGAAGCAGCUGUGGCAGACACUCCUGGAGCGGCCAUGUGAGUGGGUGGAUGGCCUUCUGCCCAUCAGAACCAACUUGGUCCCCAGGGCAUAGGUCUACCAAAACCCUCUGUGGAUCCCCAUCCCAGAACUGCCCUUGGCUAAAGUCAAUAAAACCUGUUACUAGGCAAUAAGAGGUUGAUGUCUGCUGUGGGGAAGGGGGAGACCCGAGGGGGGUGGGCAGAGAGGUAAGAUGUUAGAAGGAAAGAGUGGGAGAGUGAAAGGGACAAAAUUAAGGAACUUCAGACUGAGACACAAUGACCUCAAGGGACUGCUCUUUGGAUACCCCACCCCCCACGCUUAUGAAGUUGCCAAGACAAACAUGGAUACAAAAAUGUUCUGUUUAAUAGUUUUUGGUAAGGGCUGGGUGUGGUGGCUCAUGUCUGUGAUCCUAGCUACUUGGGAGGUGAAAUCAGAAGGAUCCAGAGUUCAGGGCCAGCCUGGGCAAACGUUAGCAGUGA